AUGUUUAAAGCUGAGACGGCCAUAUAUCUGAUGGUUGAAAUCUGCCUUAACCCAGACAAAAGAACUCUUGGCAGCCAGGCAUACUUUGAGGAGCCUUCGGAUGUAAUGGUUGGCGGCAGUAGCGGGACCGUCAUUGUUGGUAGCCGUUCGACAGAGAGCAAUGAGGCCAAAAUAAGGGAAUCUCCUUCCGUUAGGGGAAUAGAAGGCCUGGAGACAGCACGUAAUCUCUUAAAAGAGAUUCGACUUGUUAAGCAACCAACGAGGUACGCUUUCUUUACUAACCUCCUCCUUUUGGCCACACAGAUCAAAUCAAAUAUCGAAGCUGCUCUUCUUGCGUUUGCUGGCCUAGUCCGAGAUCAGCGAGACAGCAUUGCUUGUCUGUUUGGCGGUGCACUCUGCUACCAAGCCCUAAAACAGUCGAUUAAGUCCAGAAACCAAUUGAAGCGACUCGCCAAGGUCCCAUGGACUGUUGAUGACGCAGAAUUUCUGGAGAAGGCUUGGCUUCUUCUUUCUGAUAUUUAUGUGGAGUCUGAUAAUACUGAUUUGAGCAAGGAACUUUUGGAACGCUGCUUGAAAUAUAACAAGAAUGUCAGUGUCACUUUAAUAAGUUGUAACAAUGUGCUCACGAUGGCGUCUCUCAUUGACGAAGCCGACUUUGAUGCCUGCGAAACGUUUAAGAAUGUACCCGGCCAAUGGCCCAAUGCUGGAAAUCACAAAUACUAUGGCAGAGGACACAGGACUAGGUACGUUCCACUAGGUCUUCCCGACGCUCCUAUUAAGUUGCGAAAACGGGGUCCAACCAACACUGUAAUCUAA